CUCCGGAAGCCCCAGCCGCCAGCAUCCAUUCCAGCUCCCGGCCCAGCUAUGGCAUCCCUGCUACCCAGCCGGACCUUGCCCUUGACCCUGGUCCUGAUGGUUGUCCUGGACCCGGGGGCUGCAGUCUUCAACAUCUCAAGCCUCUCCGGCCUGCUGUCCCCGGCGCUAGCGGAGAGCCUGCUGGUUGCCCUGCCGCCCUGCCACCUCACAGGGGGGAACGCCACCCUGAUGGUCCGGAGAGCCAAUGACAGCACAGUGGUGACAGCUGGCUUUGUGGUGCCCCCCUGCCGUGGGCGAAGGGAGCUGGUGAGUGUGGUGGACAGCGGGGCUGGCUUCACGGUCACCCGGCUCAGGGCAUACCAGGUGACAAACCUGGCGCCAGGAACCAAAUACUACGUCUCCUACCGGGUGCAGAAGGGGACAGCCACUGAGUCCAGCCGAGAGGUCCCCAUGUCCACCCUUCCGCGACGCAAGGGGGCCUCCAUUGGGCUGGGGAUGGCCCGCACGGGGGGCAUGGUGGUCAUCACGGUGCUGCUGUCCGUCGCCAUGUUCCUGCUGGUCGUGGGCUUCAUCGUGGCCCUGGCACUGGGCGCCCGGAAGUGAGGAGG